AUGUAUAACGCAAAAAUGAACCCGCAAUGUUCUAAAUGUAAAGCAGCAAUUAGGAAAUAUAACUACUCCGUCAAAGAGAUAGAAAGAAUGAGAAACGACUAUGCAGACUUAAAGAAAGAAGCAGAGAUGCCGGUAGAAAAUAAAAUGGACAUGUUAGAAUUUCUGAACAAAAACUAUCCAACAGCAAGAUUUCCUUCUAUUUCUGACGUCAAGAAGAAGUAUAAAGAAACUUUCGGUAUCGUUAAAACAUUCGAUGUACUAAAAGAAGAAAUAGAAGCUACGAAAUUGUUUAGAGUCUCACGAAUUCAUAACGUUUACCAUGUGAAACGCUUAUAA